ACGACAACGACAACGACAACGACAACGACACCGACGACGACGACGACGACGCCAGCCUCGCUCCCAGGCGACGAGGAGACCCAAUCUCGUGCGGCUUCCAUCCUGGAGCCCACGCGAGACCGCGGCUGCCGAAAUGUCGUCCAGCCAGCCCACAACCGAAGUGCAGACCUUUGCGACCCUCGACCUCGAUACAGAAGCUCAACUGAUGCGCGCAGACGGCGUCGACCUCAAUGGCUUCCAGCUCGAUGGAACUCCCAACGGCAGUCUGCACGAUGAUGCGCCUCCUCAAAACGUCAUGGAUUCCUCUCACUUUGGCGACUUUCAAUUUCCCUUCCAGACGAUCAAUGACGAAAGCACAAUCGUUGCCAUGACCGAUGCCUCUCCCCCAGUCGACGUCUUCCCUCCGACGCAGCAUCGCCCUUCGAUUUCUUCGAUACCUGCCGACCGAAGGGGCUCCAUUGCCUCCACAACCGCGCAAGCACCCAGCUACAAUGGCAACAGGGCUUCUCAGAGGAGACCCAGCCAGGUCACAUCCGAAGAUGGCAGCCCCGACAGUAACGGCAACGGCCUGCUGUUGGAGGAUCCAGGCGCAGACGAGUUCGGGCUGAUAUCCAGUGGUCCCGGCGACGCAUCUGGGGCAGGCAAGUUCAAGGACGACAAGGGGGAAUCAAUGCCGGCUUGGAGCGAGCUGAAAACCAAGGCUGGCAAGGAGCGGAAGCGAUUGCCUCUGGCCUGCAUUGCAUGCAGGCGUAAGAAGAUACGCUGCUCUGGAGAGAAGCCGGCAUGUAAACACUGCCUCCGAUCUCGGAUCCCGUGCGUGUACAAAGUGACGGCCCGGAAAGCCGCGCCAAGGACCGACUACAUGGCCAUGCUCGACAAGCGCCUGAAGCGCAUGGAAGAGCGUAUAAUCAAGACUGUGCCCAAGUCCGAACAAGACGGCAUCGCAGCGACGGUGAUGAGGUCAGUGUUGAAACCAGCAAUCCCUGGGACCCUGAGUGCAUCCAAGGCAGCGGCCAAGAAGCGUGGGGCGGAUGAGGCAUUUGGCCCCGAGUUAGACAACUGGGCGAGAUCUUCGACCAAGAGCAAAACUGAUACCUCGGGCCGACCUGCAACUCUUGCGCUCCACGAGGCCGAAGAGAACAAGUUGCUGCAGGAGGGCGCCGAUGCGCUGCCAUCCAGGGAGAUACAGGAACACCUGGCGGAGGUUUUCUUUGAUGACAUUUAUGGCCAGGCCUAUCACUUGCUACAUAGGCCGAGUUAUAUGAGGAAACUUAGAGCUGGAACUCUGCCACCGGUACUUAUCUUGUCCGUGUGUGCAGUAUCCGCGCGAUUUUCGACACACCCCAAGCUGAACACAAACCCAAACUUCUUACGGGGCGAAGAAUGGGCGUCUCAUGCACGAGAUAUUGUCAUGAGGAGGUAUGAGUGGCCAAACAUUACCAUUCUUACCUGUCUACUUAUACUCGGGCUUCAUGAAUUUGGCACUUGCCAUGGUGGCCGAAGUUGGGCUCUUGGAGGCCAGGCCAUCCGCAUGGCUUUUGCACUCCAGUUGCACAAAGACCUUGAAUAUGAUCCGCAUUCGGGAAGGGCUCAGCUCAGCUUCAUCGACCGCGAGAUUCGGAGAAGGACGAUGUGGGCAUGUUUCUUGAUGGACCGCUUCAACUCAUCCGGCACCGAGAGACCGACCUUCAUCAAAGAAGAAACGGUAAAGAUACCAUUACCGGUCAAAGAGAAAUACUUCCAACUAGAUAUUCCGGGCGCAACGGAGGACCUGAAUGGCCCCACGCUCAACACUAUGGAUCUGGACGAAGACCAGGCCACUCAGUUCAAGGAGAACAUGGGUGUUGCGGCGUACAUGGUCCGGUCAAUUGCCAUCUGGGGCCGCAUCAUCAACUAUCUGAACCAAGGAGGGAAGGAGCUGGAUCCUCAUCCAAUGUGGAGCCCCGACGCCGAAUACGCUAAGCUCAUCAAGCAAUCUGAAGAUCUGCCAGCAAGUCUGCCAGAUUCGCUGCAGUACAACAGAGAGAACCUGAAACUCCAUGACACCGAAGGAAUGGCAAAUCAGUUUCUGUUCCUUCACAUCUCAAUUCAGCAGAACAUACUGUUCAUGAACAGAUUUGCAGUGUCGUCUCCAGGCAGCAUAACCCAGCAGGAUGUACCCAAAUCAUUUGUCACCAAGGCUGGCGCCAAGGCAUUCGCGGCCGCCAACCGCAUGUCGGAACUCCUCAAGGACGCAGAGCCGUAUCUCGUAUCUGCCCCAUUUGUGGGAUACUGUACCUUCCUUUCCAGUACCGUCCACAUAUUCGGUAUAUUCUCCGGCAACCCUGCCAUCGAGUCGACGUCAAAGCGGAAUCUCGCGACAAACGUAAGAUUCUUGUCAAAGAUGAAGCGUUUCUGGGGAAUGUUCCAUUUCAUGACAGAAAACCUCCGUGAACAAUAUCGCGCCUGUGCAGAUGCUGCUCGGCAGGGUAAUCCAGCAAACGAGAACAACAGCCCACAAAUAUUCCAGUAUGGAGACUGGUUUGAUAGAUAUCCCCACGGUGUUUCUCAGUCCGACUUUUUGGACCCAGUGAAAUACAGGGCGAAGGAGAAGGGGAACGAUGCGGUUUUGGAACAGAAGCCAGAGCUGGCUACGGUCGAGGAGUUUAUGACCAAGAUGUCGCCGCGUAGUACCGAAGGCGCAGUCAAUAACGGCCACGCCGGGAAGCCCCAACCGGCAAAGAGAAAAUCGAUUGCCAAGAGGGGCGGUAGUACCACCUCGCGGUCGGAGCACCAACCAGAUCCUAUCAUGACAGAUGUCGGCAAGCAUGGUGCUACUGAGCAACAAGCACAGCAUCAACCGCCACAACAGGGGAACAGCAGACGUAGAUUCUCCGGCAGCAUGGGAGGACAGACAAAUGCGCCGAGCUUCAGCCCGCUCACGAUACCCCAGUCAGCGAACCAGGCGCCGUAUCAUACUCUGUCACCUAUCAGUCCAGUCGCAAUGAGCGCCUUUCCCCAUCAUAACCACCACCAUCAAAACUCACAGUUUUACUCGCCAGAGCUGCUAUCCUUGUCACUUUCCCAGCAGACAACUGCAGGUAUUCUACCACAGCUCGAUCGGCAGCUAGUCUUUGGUGCAUACGGCGGUCUGGAUCCAGGUAUGACAAGCCAGAUGCUGGAUGGCGGUGGCAUCUGGGACGGCAUGGGCGGCCAACGACAUGGUGAUGGCGGACGACGCACCCACACUUCGACGGCAGAAGUACUGCACGCGGCCCUCGUGGGCCACACACUUACCCACCAUAACCACCCAGGUCAUCACGCUCACGAAGGCGCCUCGUCGGCAUGGUUCAUGCCCUUCAACAUGGAGCCUCCCGAGAUAGGUCACGACCUAACCAGCCUUGACGGACUUGGCGCAAUGUUUGGCGGGGCCAUGACUACACAAGGCGGAAUGGGCAGCGGCGGCGGCGGAGGCAACCCAAACCACAACGGCCAUUAGAGAUGGUACGGGACGGUCUGGGAUGCGAGGUCGUCGCUUUUGUCACCCGCAAGCAUGAGUGAAGAGGUUGCGCGUUGGGCGGGAAUGAGCGUCUGUCUCAAGCAGCGCGGUCAUCAUCAGCUUGGGUCAGAUUGAAGAGACCCACCAUGACGAACAGCAUAGCAAGAGCGGAUCUUCUUUCCUGGAUUAAUAUCUUUGGGAGACGUGGGUCGAGAUAUACAGCAGACUACUUUGAGAUCUGGAAGUAAUACCACCGGGAACUAUGGCCAGGAACAGACCGAAUUUCUUGUCUUUGUUUUUAUCCUAUUUUUUUUUCUUUCAAAACAAAAAAAGCUACCUUGGGCAGGCAUCUUGAAAGGAGUUUACUAAGUUACCUUGGACAUAUGGGGAUCGGGAAAUUCUUGAGCGUGGGAAUCUUGUCAAAAACUGUUUUCUUUAUGUUGUUUUCUUUUUGUCCGGUCUGUUCCUGGCCUUUUUUUUCUUGCUUUUUGGCUAGAUACCAUUUCCUAGGUGCGAUACCUCUUUCUGCUAAUAUCAGCAACAUACAAAUUCAAUAAACCGACUUGAUUGGGCGAAAAGAAAAGACAAG